AUGGCUGUUGAUGACGCCCAAAGGCGUGAAUUCUUGCAGAAGAACGUUACUGCUGAUCUUCAAUAUAUUUGGGACGAUUCAGAGGUGAGUUUAGACCUCCAACAUCGGCUGGGGCAACACUACAAAAACUUGAGGGUUUUCGUUGCAUUGGCGGAGAGUUCAACAGAACUGCGGGAGGCCCUCAAAGCUGACUUCCAGCUUGACGCAGCGCAAGGAGUUGGACAAAGGGCUGAGGUUGCCAGGGUUAUCUCAGCAUGGACAGCUGGGAAACAACUCUAUGACAAAGAAAAUGAGCUUCAAGCGGAGAGCAAAGUGAUGGGCCUCCCAAGAUCGCUCCAGCACAGUGAAAGGCUAGCUAUGCUUCGAGCGGUCGAGACAACUUUGGGCACGCUUUCAGAACAUGAUGUGCCCUCAAGUGAGUACUUAGCUUUGAAGGUAGAAGAAUGUGAAAAUGGGGAAGUGACAGCCGCUUCAUUGGAUGAAAUCACAAGCAAGGCCCACAAGAACACAGCAUCCUUGCAGACGUCACUGGAUACGUCGGGCCAUGUGCGGGUAGUAAAGACGAAAACGAAGGGCUCACUUCCUUCAAACACAGAAGAGUAUCGCCAAGCAAUGAAGUUGGAAGCAGUCACUUGGUUGUGUAUGGCAUCAAAAUUCAAGGCGAAGCAUUGGUUAGCUGGUUUGAAGAUGGACCACUUCCUCAAGUUUGUCGAUUACAUUCUUGGGGACCGAGUCAACGCAAUCAAGGUCCCUGUUGACAAUGGCCAACAGGCAGUCAAGCCCAAUUGGGCACUGGUGCUACAAUAUGAACACAGACUGCGCAGAGAAGCGAUGAAACUGGUGAAUCGUGCAGAGGCCACAAUGGCCGAGGCAUUGAUAAGGGUCACAAAGGACCCAGAUUUGAAGGAGGCAUUCUUCACCACACCUUUGGCUUUGACAACCACCGAGACUCCGCAGAAGUUUUCAAGGUUCAAUUCGAAGGGCAACAAUGACAACAGCUACAAAAGCAAAGGAAAGGGCAAAGGAAAGCAGUUUGGGAAGUCCGGUGGCAAAGGGGGUAAGUCGUAUGGCAAGGGCAAACAUGGAGCUGUGCCGGAAAGUGUGGCAGAGUACACGUAUGCAGAGUCAAGGGCUGCUAUGGUGACCACGCUGCACGAGAACACCAGAAAAUCACCAGCUCAGGGCACGUUGUCGCGCCUUGGGGACACCUGGACCACCACCUUUGAGGCCAGCACAGGAUCAACAACACCAACUCAAAAUUUGGAGGAGCCUACUAAGGCAAACCCACAGGCAACUUCAACUUUGAUGGAGCCCAUCGAAUCAAGCCCGCGGAUAUCAGAUGCAGUUGACAGCGAACUGGGUAAGGAGUCAGCACAGGAGACCAAUGAGGUGAAAGGCAACAGAGGGCUUGAUCUUCACAGGGGCCAACCUUUGAAGAUGGACUGGGCCGGCAAGUGUAAACCACUGGUGGAUGGCUUCGGUUUGUGCUCACCAACUUUGUGGGACCCUGCGGACCGUGGAGCACACCUCCAUCCGGAAGGGCAAGCAUUUUGCAAGUCGGAUUCCUUUUGGACUGGUGUGCCAGUGGGUUACGAUGAGCCCCUUCCUCGCACGCCGGAUGUCUUUCCCCGAAAGGAGAAAGUUAGACCCCUGGAUGAAUCAGAAUACAACAACUUGGCCGGUAACUAUCGUUCAGCUCGCGAGAUGUCGGAAGAGUUGGAGAAAAAGUUCCAGGAGGAGGAAGUUUGUUUCGUUGGUUAUUUGCUGGAUUACAGGGCCUGCCGGUUGGGCAUAACCCAACGUAGGGGAGCCUGGCUGGUUUCUUUCAUCGACGAGAUGUUCGCUUCAAAGGGCACGAUUUACAUGAGAAGGUUUAAUGAGUUCCUGGGCCGCCUUGGUUUCGUUUCCAGGGUACUUCUGUGGUUAAAGCCCUUCCUCGCACCUCUGUACUCCUGGAGUUCUGCCCUUGAUAGAGGCACGGUGGCCAAGUGCCCGAAGCUUGUGAUGUUGGUCCUGAGGUUCCUGCAAUUACAGUUGAAAGAUUGUGGCUACAUGCAUUCAUGCCUGCGGCCAGUGGUGCUUCCGCAGGAACUGUUCAGAACGGAUGCCAAAUGCGCCACUGGCAGGAUUGUAUUGGGGGGACACCAUUUAUUGACUGGUCAAUGGUUCUCCCUCACUCUGGUCGAAGCGGAUGUCCCCUACUUGUUCAAGAAGGACGGGGAGACGCAGUGGGCGUCUACCUCGGCGGAACUUCUGUCAGUUAUGGUCGCCCUAGUUUUAUUCGGGGUUUUGGAAGCGAGCAGCCCAGAACAUGUGGUUCCUUUGGUUAUCAGCGCAGGUACUGAUAAUUUGGCCAAUCAGUUCCUCCUGCGUAAGGGACUCACGACCAAGUGGCCCUUGUGCAUCAUCUACAUGCAGUUGACUGAGUUGCUGAUGACGAAGAAUGUCAGUGUGGAUUUGCGUUGGCGCCCUCGUGGCGAGAACACCCUAGCGGAUGCGCUUACAAAUGAAGAUUUUACUGGCUUUGAUUUGAGCAAACGAGUGGGCUGUAAAUGGGGAGAUUUUCGUUUUCAUCUCCUUUCUCUUCUUUGGGAAGAACGCGAAGGUUUCCUGGACAGAGAGAUGCUGCGGUCCACCGCGCAGAAUGUGAACCUGGGCAAAUUUGAGAAAUCUGAAUGGUGA